CAGCUGCCCCCCAAUUCAGUCCCCCGUCUGCUCAAUCCGCCCCUGCUUCCCUCGCCUCCCCCGCCUCUCCGCCGAUCAGCCGCGCCGCCGCCUCCCUCGCCGGCGCCCAUCAUCUGAAGCCCCGAUCGCGGGCCCCCCUUCAUCCCUCGCCUGCGUUGGACCCGACGGGCCUCGGAUCACCUCCCCUGCCGCGGCCGCUCCUCUGUCAACCAAAUCCGCCGCCGCGGCGCGCGGCGCGGGUCCCCGCCUCCACCGAUCUCCGGGAUUGAAAUACAGUCUAGAUUUGUCGGGCGAUGGUCUUUUGUGGAACGCAAAUAUCUCGCUGCAUUCGGAUAGGUUUCAUUUAGAUUGGUAACCAUACUGUAGCAAUGUAUUGGAGGAGCCGUGCCAUCUAGACAAGCAAGUAGCAUUGUCAGCCAAAAAAAAAAGUGACAAUUGAUUUGCCAAAGAAAGGUGCAAACAUCGUAAAUAUGUCUCAAGGAACUUCUCCAGUGCCAAAAGAUAAAGGUCCUACAACAGAACCUGGAAAGGCUGUGGGCAUCAAACGGCUGCAGACUGAUACUCCCUCAAAUCCUGGAUAUCAUAAUGUUUAUGUUAGAAGGAAAGUAGAAUCCGAGCAUAGUAAAGUGAACCCUUCUCAGGAGUUGAAAGGUAAUGGAAGAGACAAAGCAAAAGAGCAGGAGGCACACCAAGAUGUUCAACAUGAGGAGGCCAACAGGCCUCAAGUGGCAUCUCCUGUUGCUGAAUCUGUAGAAAUAGUAUCUUCCAAAUCUCCUGAAAAAACAAAUCCAGAAAUUGUGCCAGAGAAAACUGAGCUACCAGCUGCUUCUGGCACUGCAAUUCAAGAGGAUGUGAAACCAUUAAACAUACAAUACUGGAACGAGAGAUUUAAUCGAUUGCAAACAUAUUUGGAGAGCUGUGAUCAUUCGACCCAGGAGGGGUAUUUGCGAAAGCUUAGGUCCCUUUCGGCAGCUGGGCGAAGCAUGCAUGCGAUUGAGCUGGAGAAAAGGGCAAUACAUCUCCUAGUGGAGGAAGGGAAAGAACUGCAACGGAUGAAGUCUUUGAAUGUUCUUGGGAAGGUUUCCCCAAAUGGUCCGUCGAAGGCAACACCCUUGCAGCGACAGUCUCAGAAAUGAGAUGCCCAUGUCAUGUAACAUCAAGAGAGCGGCAAUGCUCAAGUACAUUGCUGAAAAGACGUGCUCUACUUUGUCUAGCUCCAGUUUUUUUAUGACCCACUUUUUCCGUCCAUGUAAUGCAUCCCUUUUUCUUCUUAUAUUUCUUUUUUUGUAUUCGUUUCACUGUCUCACCACCUUGUGACGUGGGUUUGUUGUAAUGAUAUGUAAUUAGUAGUAACUCGUAUAGAUAAGCUUGCCAUUCUUAACGGCAACAAACUAUUUUCUGUUUGUUCCUUUGUCAUGUACUGGUAAUUUACGUGAAACUCAAUGUGA